CCUAUAAAGGACGCAUCCCUCCUCGAUCGAGACCUGCUCCUCCCUCAUUGUUCUUCCUUCAACUCCGACCGACAAGACAGACAAAGCCAAUCUUUCUCUUCAACCCCCCGGACCCUUCGAAGCGCUUGAAACUUUUAUCACAAACCUACCGAGCUCCAUCUCCCUCCCCCAUUCCCCCCCUCUAUCCCAAUAUACGGACACCAACCUCCGGACCACUUCUGCCAUCAACGCUACCACCUACCCAACAACCAAGAUGUCUUCCAGCAACCAGAGCAUUGCUCAACAUGUCCGCGAGGCCCAGCCCCUGCAGUUCCUGCCGCUGGCUCCCGCCACCUCUGCUUCCUACCCCACUACUCAGAAUGCGAAGCCGAACCAAGGGAUCCGCCGUAGCCCGAGCCAGACCAGCGUCGACAGCAGCGCCAGCAGCAUCGCCAGCCCCCGCUUCCUCAAGCUCAACCCAGUCCACUACGGGGAGCGUCAGGACGACUACCACGACGUUGCUGCCGCCAACCCACAGCCUCAGCGGUUCCUGUCGCUAGCUCCCGCCACCUCUGCUACCUACCCUACCGCCCAGAGCACGAGGCUAAACUACGCGGCCCGCCGCAGGUCGAGCCAGAGCAGCGUCGGCAGCAUCGCCAGCCUCCGCUUCCUCAAGCUUAACCCGGUCCAUUAUGGGGAGCAGCAGGACGACUAUCACGACGUUGCGGUCGUCGAGUAAACAAACCAAGGAUGCCAAAUAUCCAAGCGUAAUGACGGGCACAUUUCUAUUCUUCUAUUCUUCUUACUGUUCUUGUUCUCUUUCGAACAUUACGGUAUCAUCUAGGGGGGGUUAAAGAGAAAGGACCAAAAAAAAGGGCAAUGGGAAAUGGGAAAUGGGAAAUGGGAGCUACUCUCGUAUAGCUCGAUGUUAAUGACAUGACUACCACACGCGUAGCACGCAAUCCAAUAGGGGGGGGAAAGCGUAGCCUAAUCGAUUAUGGAGCGGACGGCUUCUCUGUGUAUUCUCAGUUUUCUAUUCUAAAGGUGGCGUUCCGAGGGGGCACCGGGAAAGCGACGGCACGGACGGGCGGGACCGGGUGGGUAGGUAGAGAGGGAGGAUACCGAGAGUGCAUAACUCGUAUGAUCCACCGUACUAUUUCUCAUCACGAUCCUCUCU